CGGAUAACACUUCAUUUGGACAUUGUCUGCCUCCACUAUAAAAUGCACACAGCCAAUAGGGAAAACCUACUUCGCAUGUCCUCAGACGUCAGUAAGUUUCCAACUGUGGAUGAUUGCCAGUAUACUUUGUGUCUUGUGAAAGAGAAGGUCUGAUUGCAGAUCUGAGACACACAUGCCUCCAGAGUCAACAGAUCAACACACACGCGCGCGCGCUUCAGCUGCCUUUCGCUUCUGACUGACUGUCAGUCACACGGAAUCGCCGUACCUGUGCCUUCAAUCCCACACGGACUUAUUAUGAAAAAUUUCGUCAUGAGUGAGGAGACUGUAGUGUGGGCGUAGCUGUUCAGUGGAGCAAGAAGCAAGAUAUCACAAGCACAGCUUCAACACUCCCACAAAGUAGACGAUGGGCGAAGCUGAAGAUGAGAAGAACCAGGCAGGACGGCUCUUUGAGAACUUUGUUCAGGCCACUGACUGUAAAAGCACCCUACAGGCCUUUAAUAUAAUGUGCAGUUACCUGGAGCUUGACCCUCUGGAGCACAGCACCUUCUACAGCGGUCUGAAGAGCAUGAUGACAUGCUGGAAAGCCAAAGCCCUUUGGAGUAAGCUGGACAAGAGAGCCAGCCACAAAGAGUACAAGAAAGGCAAAGCCUGUGAGGGCAUUAAGUGCUUGAUAAUUGGAGGGGGCCCCUGCGGCUUGCGGACUGCCAUCGAGUUAGCUCUCCUCGGAGCCAAAGUGGUGGUGAUAGAGAAGAGAGAUACAUUCUCCAGGAACAACGUCCUGCAUCUUUGGCCCUACACCAUUCAUGACCUCAGGGGCUUAGGAGCCAAGAAAUUCUAUGGAAAAUUCUGUGCUGGAGCGAUAGACCACAUUAGCAUCCGGCAGCUCCAGCUCAUGCUCCUGAAGAUCGCUCUGCUUCUUGGUGUGGAGUUUCACGUUAAUGUGGAGUUCGUAAAGCUGGUGGAGCCUCCAGAGGACCAGGAGAAUGAGGGACCGGGCUGGAGGGCAGAGAUCCGGCCUGCGGAUCACCCUGUGGCUGACUUCGAUUUUGAUGUGGUGGUGGGAGCUGAUGGGAGACGAAACUCUCUAGAAGGGUUCAGGAGGAAGGAAUUUCGUGGCAAACUGGCCAUCGCUAUAACGGCAAACUUCAUCAACAGAAACACCACCGCUGAGGCAAAGGUUGAGGAGAUAAGUGGAGUUGCCUUCAUCUUCAACCAGAAAUUCUUUCAGGAUCUCAAACAGGAAACUGGGAUUGAUCUAGAGAACAUCGUAUACUACAGAGACAACACACACUACUUUGUCAUGACAGCUAAGAAGCAGAGUCUGCUGGACAAAGGUGUCAUCCUUCAUGAUUAUAUCGACACUGAGGCACUGCUGAACAGUGAGAAUGUGAAUCAAGAGGCUUUGCUAACGUAUGCACGAGAGGCAGCCGACUACGCCACUCACUACCAGCUGCCCACGCUGGACUACGCCAUGAACCACUGCGGUCAGCCUGAUGUGGCCAUGUUCGACUUCACAAGCAUGUAUGCCUCAGAAAAUGCCGCUCUGGUCAGGGAGAGGUUUGGUCAUAGUGUACUGGUGGCACUAGUAGGAGACAGCCUUCUGGAGCCCUUCUGGCCUAUGGGGACAGGCUGUGCCCGCGGCUUCCUGGCAGCCUUUGACACGGCUUGGAUGGUAAAAAGUUGGGCGCAGGGUAGAAAUCCACUGGAGGUGCUGGCAGAGAGGGAGAGUCUGUACCGAUUGCUACCUCAGACAACACCUGAAAACAUUACCAAAAACUUUGAUUUGUACACCAUAGAUCCAGGAACACGCUAUCCAAACCUUAAUUCAAACUGUGUGAGGCCACACCAGGUCCGCAACAACUAUAUCUGUGGAGAGAUGAAGUUGUGCUCUCUGGAACGGGCUGCCACGAUACGCCGCCCUGUCAACUUGGCCAGGCGAGAGUCUGAGAUCAGACCGAGUCGGUUACUGACGUGGUGUCAGAAGCAGACAGAGGGCUACAGGGGUGUGAGUGUGACUGACCUCACUUCCUGUUGGAGCAGUGGCCUGGCUCUCUGUGCUCUCAUUCAUCACUUCAGACCGCAGCUCAUCGAUUAUGACUCUCUGAAUGAGGAAGACUGUGCCAAAAACCUUCAGCUGGCAUUUGACGUGGCCGAGAAGGAGUUUGGCAUCAAGCCGUUCAUCACAGGGAAAGAGCUGGCGUCAGGACCGGAGCCGGACAAGACCAGCAUGGGCAUCUACCUCUCCAAAUUCUAUGAGCUUUUCCGGGGAACGCCUCUACCUCCUUCAGAUUCAAAGCGAGAUGGUGAUGCAAAUAAUGAAAAAUGUCCAUCAGGUUCUGCCAGACCUGUUUACAAGUCCCUGAGUUCACUUCAGCCUCGUAAACGCAUACCAAAGACUGAUAAAAAGUUUGAAGACAACGAUGCCAUAUACAAGAGAAGACGGAAAAUUAGUUACUUAGAAGAGACAACCAAACCCUUCAAUCAGAGUUCUUCUGUAUCCAGUGAGGGACGGGAACUGAAGGAAAACAAGGUCAAGUUUAUGGCCACUCAACUUCUAGCAAAAUUUGAGGACAGCACAGCAAGCUGUUCUAUUCGCAGGCAGUCUGACUGUAAUGGCGAGAGGCCUCCAAGACCUCCAUCGCUUGAUAUGACUGAUAGCCCUCUCUUUAACAUUAUCAGGAAGAAAGUUCCUCCACCCCCACCCCCUAAAAAACAGUCUGACUGUAAUGGUGAGAGGCCCCCGAGACUUCCAUCGCUUGAUAUGACUGAUAGCCCUCUCUUUAACAUUAUCAGGAAGAAAGUUCCUCCACCCCCUAAAAAACAGUUUCCACCCUCGGCUCCUCUCUUCCCCUCGCUUCAUUCCAGUCCUCUGAAUCCACAGAGGAAACCACUUCACCCGACUCACACACACACUCGCACACAAUCAGAGGCAGAGAUCACAGCCGGCUCAGGCUCAGGAAAUGCAGCCACCUGCCACUCAGCAGUGCUGGCCAUGAGAGCAAUGCUCCAGCGCCUCCAGAGGGUGGAAGAUGAGAUUAGCCAGAGGAAAGCCCAGACUCAAAAGGCCAGGGAGUUUCAUAAAAAAAGCAUAAAGGAGAAGGCUGUGCAUUUGAGCUCUCUGUUCUCUGGCGAGGCCUCCUCUCCACAUCAGACGGAUAGAUCUCAGAAUGGGCAGCUAGACAUGCAGCUUUGUGAAGAGAAGAGAGAAUCAGUGAACAGCUCACAGCCUUGCUCUUCUUCUCUCCAUUUCCCUCAUUCCAUCACGCUGACCACCCUUUCAUGCCCUCUCCCACAAUGCACUGCUACUUCCUGUCCUCGUCCUCUCAUUUCCUCCUGUCCCUCUCUGCUGUUGCAGCAGAUGUCUAGACCCAAACCGUUACAUGUGCAGCAUUUUAAACAGGAGAUACAGGGAGAAACAGUGAGUCCGUCCCAUCUGUUAAGCAGUCGCAGAACGUCUGAUUUUAGCAAUAAGAAUGAAACAGAGACCUCCCAGUCAAAGGAAAGCAGAAGCUUUAAAGUCCACGAUAAGCGCACAGUAGGCAAAGUGUCUCUGGUAGUGGGCGCUAGAGCUGACACUCUGGUUUCCCUCUAUGAGAAUGAUCAUAGGCCUGAGGCAAGCAGCUCAGGCACUCCGCCUUCCUUAAAAAGAGAAUUUCCUCAGAGUCUGGGUGAUGUGUGCCAUGCGUGUAAGAAGCGGGUGUUUGUAGUGGAGAGGCUCAGCGCAGAGGGAUUCCACUUCCACAGGGAAUGUUUCCGCUGCGAUACCUGCAGAGCUCCGCUGCGCCAGGGAGGACAUUCCUUUGAUUCGGUGGAAGGAAAGUUGUACUGCAAACUCCACUUUGCUCAACGGAAAUCCUUAGUAACGAAUGGAAGAUCACAAAAUCUACAUACGACAUGUAAUAAUGAAUCCCACGACAGCCCUAGCUGGAGUCCCGAGGGACGUGAGAAUCAUCUUCAGGGCGAGUCUCCAGGUAUCCUGUCCUCUCUGAAGAGAUGCCUGCGUUGGCCGCUGCACGUGAGCCAGUCUGUGUGUUCUGUGCCCCGUCGUGUGUUUAACUGGCUGCAUGGUAAAGUGUGUGCCGCGGGCGUCCACCUGACGGAUAACGCUGGGGAUUAUGCCUUCCUGUACGAGCUGCUCAGCGUGAGUCUGCCUCUGCUCGCUGUUCUCCACGAACAGCUUGUCCAAAUGUACGCAGAAGCUGAACCUCUCAAUCUACAGCAUCUACAGCGCUGGCUGGAAGAGCACAUGGGCCACUGGGUCUUAGUGUGAGAGAAACGUCAUCAGGCCACAUUGUGUCCCAUUAAAAGGGUUAUUAUGUGGACAUUUGUACUGAAAAAGACAUAGAACAACCUUGAGAUAGUUUUUUUAAGAACAAAACAGUCUGAACUUGAGAUGUUGGCACAUCAACAUUCAUUUCCUACUUAUUCAGAGGAUAGAAAUUAAACAGCUUUGUUUGGAGUGUGUGCAAAUGACCAAAGCUUUUCUCAAUUACAAUGGUUUGAGUAAAGAGAAAAAAAAAAAAGUGUCGAACAUGGAGUGAACUUUAAGCACUUUAAUGAGUGAGCUGCCUUCAAAUGCACGAUUAAGAGAGAUGUUUUGCUUUUAAUUAUUAAUGGACGUUCUUUGCAAGUUUACAAAACCUGACUGAUCAAGCUGCAAACACGUCUCGUCUACUCUGUUAACCAUUCACGAACAUCACAUUCUUCUCGCAUGUUUACACUUCUUAUGAAAAUCAUACAGAUAAAGGAAUGCCCGGGUUCAACACAAGCUAAUCUUUUGACAGCAUCUGUGAAAUGUUGUCGAUUUACCACUGAAAAUAACUGACUCGUCCUUCAAAUUGUAGAAACAAACAAGUAUUACAAUGGAAGUCUAUGGGACAAGACAUUCCAGAGGGUUUAAAGCAGAAAUAUGCACCUUAUAUUUUCAUCAAAGCAAUUCUUCAUAACAAACGUCUUUUGAGCUGUAAAAUUUUUGAAGAUUUUAAGUGGUUUCAGCAUAAUAGCCCAUAUUAACACAAUGUGUUUUCUUGUGGCUGUACUUUAAAAACAAUGUAAUAAUUGUGAUUUUAAAGUUUUUCCCCAUGCAAUGUCUUGUUCUAUAUAGUUCCACUAAAAGUACAUUACUGUAAAUAAGAUAUUUGUUUGUUUUACAGUACUAUUUUAACCAGUAUUUCACAGAUGUUGUCCAUGGAGAUUAACUUUAAGUUUAACUUUAAGCUUUAAAGACUGUCUUUGCUCUUACACGUGUUGUGUAUAUGUAACCAGGGAUGCAUCAAUAUGGACAUUUUAAUGGAUAGCAAUGAUUAUUUAUUAGUGCUGUCAAAUCGAUUAAUCGCGAUUAAUCACAUCUAACAUAAAAGUUUGUGUUUACAUAAUAUAUAUGUGUGUGUAUAUAUAUUAUUAUAUUUAUAUAUAUUUUAUAUAUAUAUAUAUAUGUGUGUAUGUCUGUGUGUGUGUGUGUGUGUGUAUAUAUAUAUAUACACACAUAUACACCAUAGACUGUAUAAAACAUGGAAGUAGUGUCCGUGACGUCACCUGUAGGUUUCUGAAGAGCAUUUUUUUUGAAGCCCAAAAGUGGGCGGAGCCGGCCGUCGCCAUCUUGGCAGCGCGUCACCGUGCGUCACUCCCAAAUAACCGAAAAUGGGCAAACAGGCGGGACGUGGGUGGAGUUGAGGUGCCUGGUUGCUGAAACUACGCCCACCUAGCUCAAUGUGACCAAGUUAGCUCAGGCUAAGGAGCUAUCUAUCUAUUUAUCUUAGAUACUAUCUAAAAUAUUAAUAAAGAAAACUAAUUAUACAUAAUUUGAAAGUUCUAAGGGUUUACUGUCAAUCUACAGUGUCUGUUUUACGAUUUAGAUGCUCCAGCACCAGUAAUAUUGUAAUUUGUGUUGGGUACACGCAACACACAAAAUCAAAAAGGGACUUCAUACCUUUGUAAUGAAAUAGCGAUGGCGAGAUGAAUCCAAUCCAUCGCACUUGGGUACAAUGUCCAUGACUGUCCAUUGAAAAACAUCCAACAGCACUUUUUGUCCACAAAAGCGUUAAAUCCAUUAAAUAUUGAUAUAUUGUCUUCAUCUGAACGAUCUGCUCUCCAUCAUCAUUCUUCAAGAAAUUAUGCAAUCUGAGCAGCGUUUAUGUUGUAAAACUGUACGCGAUCAUAUACAUUAGACUCUCACAAACGAGCCCGCGUCCGAAGUAUAAUUUUCGAAAUAGUGCAAGCAGUUUUAGUUAUAAUAUCCAAGCAGUGCUGUCGGAUUUUAAUGCAUAUUCUUCAGCUAUUGUCAUUGUAGUAAAUCUGACGGACAAAACUUUUAGCCAAUGCCAAGACAAUCCAACAACGUGUGUUCUGUUUAUCUUCCGCAUGUGUGCACAUGUACACAGAGAUGCUAAGUUCAGCGCCUGGAAUUAGCUGAGGUGAUGUGACAGCUAACAGACAGCAGACAAACAGCUAGUAGUAACAGCAGCAGCAAUCCACCUGUCACUCAAGUGGCCACGCCCUUAAUUAUGCAGAACUUUAAGGCUUAAAGGGUUAGUUCACCCAAAAAUGAAAAUAAUGUCAUUUAUUACUCACCCUCAUGCCGUUCCACACCCGUAAGACCUUCGUUCAUCUUCGGAACGCAAAUUAAGAUAUUUUUGUUGAAAUCCGAUGGCUCAGUGAGGCCUGCAUAGCCAGCAAUGACAUUUCC